UUUUGACCUUGCCACUACAGCUUUUGUGGAACAAUAGACCAUGAUGUGGAAUCCCUAUCACAAUAUAUAUUGUCCGGUACUAUAUGAAGUCUGGAUUUUUCAACCCCGGGUGUUUCUUACCAGUCCAACGAUCUUGUCACUUGCAAGCUUCACGAAAUAUCUAAUACCAUCAGAAUCAGAAUGCGAUACCCAACUCCCUCAUCAACCAAGCCAUCUGAAAGUUCGCGGGCUAUAAAACAUCCUUCUCGAUCCCCUAAAAUAAAUGCUACCCCCUCCAAAGGUGUCCAUGCCCGCAAGCAUGUUCUCAAAGCAUCCAAGAAUCGACGUGCUUCGCAUUAUGAUCCCAAACCGCCAUGUAUUACAGUCCACGGGUUACCUGGUAAUACUGGUGGUCUCUUACCACCCGAUGCAGUAGACCCUCGCCCACCCGCGCUUCCCUUGGACGGUUUCGAAUGUAUUCGCACAUUAGGUGAUGGAGCUUAUGGUCAUGUGCUACUCGUACGAGUGCGUGACCAACCCAACUCAGGGAAACUGGCGCGGCCAGGAGCCUUAUUUGCAGUCAAAGUUCUUUCCAAAGAAAGGACGAAGACCACAGAUCAGAAAUACCCCGCGGAUACUAAUUCAGAGAGGAUGCACCUAUCGGCAUUGCCCUGGAGUCCCUGGGUGAAUGGUGUCGUAGGCGCAUUCAAAGAUGAAUUUAACCUUUACCUUAUGCUCGAGUUUAUACCGAGUGGGUGUUUCUACGACGUUAUCCAAACGCGUGGCCCUUUCGACGCUGCAACUGCCCGGUUCUAUUUCGCCAAUAUCGUAUCUGGGGUUUAUUUCCUCCAUAGCGAGAAAAUUGUGCAUCGUGAUCUCAAACCAGCAAAUAUCCUCGUUAGACCCGAUGGGUACUUGGCCAUCGCAGACUUUGGAUACGCCCGUUUGGACGAGAUCGGGAGCGACGCAACCACAGAUUGGCUAAUGAUCGGGACACCAAUCUACAUGGCUCCCGAGACCUUAUGUUACCAACAUAUGACAGGAUACAGUGUUGACUGGUGGGCGGCAGGCGUUACAUUGUAUGAAAUGCUCACGAAGAGGACGCCAUUCUUCGGUACAGACGAAAACAAAAUAUAUAAAAGGAUUUCCUUAGGGAAGUACAAGUGGCCUAAAGGCCUCCGCUUGUGCGCAUCCCUCAAGUCCAUUGUCGCAGGGCUCCUGACCACGACGGCCGAGGAUCGUCUGGGUAUUAAGAGUUCCGUUCUCGAGCACCCAUGGCUCGACAACAUUGAUUUUGAUAAAUUGGAUGCCGGGAACUACAUGGCCCCUUGGAUCCCUGAAGCACCUGCGCCCACCCAGACGUGGUUAAACAGGGGCCUUCCGCCCCAGCAUUGCAUUCCUGGACUCAAAGUUUGCGUACCAGCUGUGCAUCGCGAGUGGGAUGACCGUCUACGCAAGAAAAAAUUACCUAAAUUUGCGGAUCAGUUGUGCACCGCGAGUAGAUACAGGAAGCAAUUACCUACCUAGCUAAUACCAGCUGCCAUGUCUCUUUCAUCGUUAAUUACCGCAUGUUCAUACUUUCUUAUAUUUCUUUUUGAUGGUCAAAUCAAACCUGGUUUUCACUUC